ACUGAUGUUUAUUAUAGAGACUUCGCACCUCAUUUCGAUGUGUGACAUUCUGCCUACGCUCACUUGUGAUGAUCCGACGCUUUCUAUAAAUGGAACCCAUAACAUCGAUUGCCACGAACACUCAAUUAAAUUUUCUACUACCUCAAGGUUCUAUUGGACUACACGACAAGCGGAUACGAAGGAUAGAUCCUCAAGGAUGUCUUUAUUGGAUCACACAACGAGCAAAAUACAAAUGGAUAAAGGCUGAAGAUCGAAGCAAAGAGCAUGGAAAAAAUAACUAUUUUGGAUGAAGGUUACCUUUAAGAAACGAGAGGAAACGCAGAAUUUGAAGCAACCUUACGGACUAUUGUUUUGUGUUAUAUUUGUAUAUAAUAUCAAAUGUUAUAUGAGAGAUUGUAACGCGCAGCAUAGGAAUUGACAGUUCGUCUUGUCUCUUAUCUUGCUUUCUGUUCUUGUU